GGGAGGCGCCUCUUGGGUUCACCAGUUUCGGGUCUCAUCAUUUGACGGAGAUCAAGGGAAGAGGCGAAACAAGGGGCGAGGAAAGGGCUCCUGUCGCUGCCUUCUUCUCGAGCCAAUGAGCCAGAGGCCAAGGAAGCCAAAAGAGAGGAGUUGGGCUGAAAUCUGUUGUUUGGGUUGCACGUGCCUGCAGCUGUGGCCCAAGAUUGUCCUCCGCAAAUGGCUCAACAUCAGCUCCAGAGAUUCCGAUUUCAGCGCCGAUGAGGGAGACACCACCGAGAGCGAGUACGACUCCGAAGAUAUGUGUGGUUGGGAGCGUCAAUUGCGUGAUGAAGAAAGGAGGUUGGGUGGACUAGGGGCUGCAACAAGUGAUAGCCGCAUGGAAGGCACACCAUAUAGGUCACGAAGACGAAAAUCAGAGACCUUUCGCUCACAAUAUAUAAAUACCAAAGAAUUCAGGAUUUGCGUAGGAUCAUGGAAUGUUGGAGGGAAACUUCCACCAGAAGACCUAGACAUCAGAGAGUGGCUUUAUAUGGAGGAGCCUGCUGAUAUCUAUGUGCUCGGUUUUCAGGAAAUUGUACCAUUAAAUGCUGGGAACAUUUUUGGUGCUGAGGACAACCGCCCAGUUCCAAGAUGGGAGUAUACUAUUCGAGAAACACUGGAUAAGAUUCAACCAAUGAAAACAAAGUACAAAUGUUACAGUGACCCUCCUUCGCCAUCAAGGUUCAAGCCAUCUGAUGAUGCUCUUGUCAUUGAAGAUGAUCUAUUGCCUGAGUCUGGUAGUGACAGUGAUGAGGAAAUUCAUCCAUCAGAUGAGCAGCCUUCUACUAUUGAUACAGACGAAGAUGGACUUAAUGCUCGUGCAGAUGAUUCAGAUUGCAAUUUAGCAUUCCAUUCUUCUUUUAGAGCUGAUGCAAGUAAUAUGAAACAAGAGCUGGAAGAUAACAAGAAUUCUUCCCUAAAGAUGCUUGAUAAGUCUUAUCUAAGUUUUAAAAAAUGUGAAGUAAGUUCAGAAUCAUUAGUUGGCCAACAAAAGAAGCUGACCAUGAUGCUUAGCAGCUCAGAGAGGACUGGAUUAAUAUGGCCAGAACAACCAUUGGACAUGUUGGCCCAACAUGCUUUGGAUAAUUCAAUACCAUUCGGUUCAGUGAAGUCUCUUAAAACUUGGACUUCAUUCAAGUCAAGACAUGGGGAUUUCAAAAAUUCUUCAGUGUUGGAUUCAAUUCCUGCAGUUAAUUUGGAUACUGUCGUAAACAGAAAGAAAAGAUCAUCUUUUGUGAGAAUAAUAAGCAAGCAAAUGGUUGGGAUUUAUCUUUCAAUAUGGGUCCGUAGAAGCUUGCGCAAGCAUAUUCAAAACUUGAAGGUAUCAACAGUUGGCGUAGGUGUCAUGGGAUACAUUGGCAACAAGGGAUCAAUAUCAGUCAGCAUGUCUAUAUAUCAGACACUUUUUUGCUUUAUAUGUAGUCAUCUGACAUCUGGAGAAAAGGAUGGAGAUGCACUUCGAAGAAAUGCUGAUGUGCAAGAAAUUCACCGGAGAACACAAUUUAGUUCAGCUUCCAGUAUUGGAAUGUCAAAAACAAUCUAUGACCAUGAUAGGAUUAUUUGGUUAGGAGAUCUAAAUUAUCGCAUCAACUUAUCAUAUGAAACAACACAUGAACUCAUCUCCAAAAGGGAUUGGGCUAAGCUGGUUGAGAAGGAUCAGCUAAAGCUGGAGCUAAAGAAAGGACGUGCUUUUGAUGGAUGGUUAGAAGGAAUUAUAAACUUUCCUCCUACUUAUAAGUAUGAGGUUAAUUCAGAGAGGUAUACUGGAGAUGAUCCAAAGGCAGGAAGGCGAACUCCUGCAUGGUGUGAUCGCAUUCUUUCAUUCGGAAAGGGUAUGAAGCUGCUGAAUUACAAGAGAAGUGAACUAAAGCUUUCAGAUCACCGUCCUGUCACUGCUGUUUACUUGGCUGAGGUUGAGGUUUUCUGCCCUAGAAAACUUCAAAGAGCUCUCACAUUCACAGAUGCAGAGAUAGAAGAACUUUCAGAGGCAGAUAAUGAUGUUGGGAUGAGCGGACUGAGGCUAGGAGAGGAAAUGUCAGAAUGGGAGCAAUAGCAUGGCAUCGCCCAUGAGUAUACGAGGACAGAAGGAUGGUCGGAUGGUAUUUCCUUGAAUCAGUGCUGCUGCUGUUCAUAACAUAACCCAGAGGAGAUGGACCUGAGCGGUAGCGCCCCUCUAUUUACAAGUGACAUCUUGGGUUCAAGACUUGAAGGGGCGUUGUCUCCUAUAUUUUGUCCAAGUAAAUAUAAUUUUUGAGGGGAAUUUCCCCAGUACUUAUGUGUAGGUGGGAUUUCCUUCUAUCCUCAAAAGAGAAAAACAUUAACCUGGAGAAGCAUGUCCUGCCGCCCCUUGCACAGAUGAGGUCAUGCUUGGAUAUGUAAAUUGUCAUUGUAAAUUUAGUGUUCUGACAUGUCAAAACACGUUUUGCCGUUCAGAAUCCCGCUGUUCUUCCAA